UCUUGAGUCUUGACAUUCAGAAAUCAAAUCCAGAAUUUAGAUAGGUAUUAUCCGAGUCUGUCAAUUGUCAGUUCGCACUUCGGUCUUCGCGGUUUCGCAUUCAAAACUCACUAGUAUAGUUAACAACUAUAUAGUAUAAGGUCAUCUAUUGCUAAUUUCACCUUCAAAAAAACCGAACGUUAAUAAUUAUUUCUAAAUUGCAAAUUUUACGUCGGUCAACCAUGGCCAAGUACACAAUUGUAAUGGUUAGACACGGAGAGAGCGAAUGGAACCAGAAAAAUUUGUUUUGUGGAUGGUUUGAUGCAGAUCUAAGUCCAAAAGGCGAACAAGAAGCAAUAAGUGCUGGUAAAGCUUUGAAGCAAAAUAAUUAUACUUUUGAUGUGGCCCAUACGUCUGUGCUGAAGAGAGCUCAAAAUACCUUGGGUUCUAUACUUAAGGAACUCGGUCAAGAUAAUAUUCCAAUUUACAAAACUUGGCGUUUAAAUGAACGACAUUAUGGUGGUCUCACUGGGCUUAACAAGUCUGAGACUGCAGCCAAGUAUGGUGAAGAACAGGUUAAUAUAUGGAGACGGAGUUUUGAUAUUCCACCACCUACUAUGGAAGAAGGCCAUGCAUAUUAUGAUCAAAUUGUUAAUGACCUACGUUACCAAAACGAACCAUCAAAAGAUGAAUUUCCAAUGUACGAGUCUUUAAAACUUACCAUUCAAAGAACAUUACCUUACUGGAACGAUGUUAUUAUUCCACAGUUGAAAGAGGGCAAGCGUAUUAUCAUAGCUGCUCAUGGAAACAGUCUCAGAGGCAUAGUCAAGCACUUGGACAAUAUGACUGAUGACCAAAUUAUGGGUUUAAAUUUGCCAACUGGUAUUCCAUUUGAAUACAAAUUGGAUGAAAAUUUUAAACCUGUUGUUUCAAUGAAGUUUUUAGGAGAUGAAGAAACUGUGAAAAAAGCAAUUGCUGCCGUUGCUGCUCAAGGCAAAGCUAAAUAAAGCACUUAAAAGAAUAUUAAACCAUAAUAUUGCAUUAAAUACUAAAAAUAUCUUUAAAUAUCCUGUAAGAGGUCUAGAUAAUUUAGUGUUGUCAUAUUAAGUGUUUGUUUGUUAAAGUAUCUUUAGCGUUUUUUUUUUUUUGUUGUAAAUUUGAUCAUCUUUAAUACACUGAACGUCUUUAUGAAACUAUUUAAAUUUAAAAUAUAUACCAAAUUUUUAAUCUAAGUAUUAUUUCUUAUUAAAAAUUAUCAUUACAUGUCCUAUUUAACACGUUGACCGCCACAGGUUUUUUUACUAUGUUACAAACAAACACUAAAAUAGAUAAUUGAAAACAAAAUUACCAAAACCAGAUAAUCUAUAAGUAAAAUGUCCAUUGAAAAUAAUCUUAUGUCAGAUACAAAAUUUCAAAAUUACAGCUUGCCUACUAAAUUGUUUUUUAAUAAUUCCCCUGACUUAAUAAUUAAACCUAUGUACAAUAAAGAAUAAUAUGAUUCUGUUCAGAUUUCUAACAGAUAUUAAGCGCAAUGUGCAACCUAUAUCUAACAUUUUCUGAAAGUUUCUAGCUUUGGUCUUUGCAAUGAAAUAAUUAAAAAUAAACACCUAUUAUACGUGGAAGUUUGAUUUGUG